AUGAGUAAUACUAACGAAAAGAAACAACCAUUACCAGAUGUUGUAAGUUUAAAAAAAAAGCAAAACUUUAAAUAUUUUUCCAAUUUUAGGAGAAUCCUCCAACAGAAGGAAGCAGUUCAUCAACCUUACCAAGUGCACCACAAAUUGUAGAGUAAGUAUAAGAAAAUAAUAUCGCAGAAAAAUAUAAAACGAAAAAGACUUUUGAAAUGAAACAAAAACAUUUUCAAUCGAAAAAUUGUUUUGUUCGGCGAGAUAGUGUGAGAGUUUGAACGUUCAUAAAAACUUUUAAAAUUAAAAAUGAUUCACAUGACAGGAAAUUUGAUUUGUAAAACAUAAUCGCAAAAUACAUUAGUAUUUGAAUAUUAUUAAAAUUAUCGAGAUUAAUUCAAAUCUUAUUCAGUGAGAUUCAUUCAACAUCUCCACCUCGUCCACCUCCACCAACAGUUGGAUUUGUUUAUCCACAAUAUACGGAACAAUCAACACCAGUUACCCCAGUUGCACCACAACCUGCUUAUAGUGUUCCUCCACCAUCUUAUCAAGCAGCAAUGUCUUAUCCAGCAGCACCAACUUAUGGUGGAAAUGCUUCGCAAGAGCCGAAAUAUUAUAGUGGACAACCACCAACUUAUUAUCAACCACCACCACAGCCUAUUAUUAGUAUGUUUUAGCUUCUAUUCAAAUGUUUAGGCAAUUUAAAAAAUCGCAAAAAUAGAAUAAUAUUUUUACGAUUUCCAUACAACAAUUUUUUAAAUUCGAUCAUGUUGUUUUCAGCUCAAACUCGUCUUCCUCAACCAGUUGAUACAGUUCAAACAGUUCGUGUUGCAACAAAUUCGGUUGUUGUCGUUCAAAGAGGACCUCAAUGUAGAGUUUGUGUAAGUUCUAAUUUGAAAUAAUUUUCCAGGUCCCUAUUAUCGUGUCCAAAAUACCGAUUUUUUCAAAAUAAGAGUUCUAAAUUGCCACGUCAAUUCUCACGUUUUUUUCAAUUGUCAUUUCCCAAAUUUCUUUCAAUUUUGAAUUUCCCACAUCACAACAUUUUUUUCCAGAAUAUUGGCGUAAUAACCCGCCGAAAUGAUAUGUGCUGCCUUCUUUGCCUCAUUAUCUUGACUAUUUUCACAUUUCCAUUUGGCCUCGUCUUCUUGUGCUGUGUUCCAUGCACAGUCCAAAACCGUUGUAGCAAUUGUAAUCAUAUUGCUUAG